AUACAUGAAAGUAAAUACUUAUAUAUGAAAUAACAUCACACACAGGAGUGUUCAGCAUAACAUUUAUUAAAAUUGAAGGAAAAACAUAAAACACUGGUUAAUUGCCCAACCAAAAGUUUCAACAUAAAAAUUUGGCAGUGAAGAAAUAAAAAAUAAAAUAGUUGAGUCACCACUUUUAACGCUUACGCAGGGAUAGCUAAAAAAUAGGUAAUAAUGGAGGACUACAAAUUUCUUUUCAAAAUUGUACUUGUUGGCAAUGCGGGUGUGGGAAAAACUUGUUUGGUGCGCAGGUUCACACAAGGUCUAUUUCCACCUGGCCAAGGAGCCACCAUCGGCGUUGAUUUUAUGAUCAAAACUGUGGAAGUUGAAGGCGAAAAAAUAAAGCUGCAAAUAUGGGAUACUGCAGGUCAGGAACGUUUUCGAUCAAUAACACAAAGUUAUUAUCGGUCAGCACAUGCACUGAUUCUUGUUUAUGACAUAAGCUGUCAACCAACAUUCGACUGUUUACCUGAUUGGUUGCGUGAAAUACAGGAAUAUGCGAAUUCGAAAGUUUUAAAAAUACUCGUUGGCAAUAAAACAGAUCGCGAUGAUCGGGAAAUACCAACACAAAUUGGUGAAGAAUUUGCUAAACAACAUGAUAUGUAUUUUCUGGAAACAUCAGCCAAAGAAGCCGAAAAUGUUGAACGCCUAUUUUAUGAGAUUGCAGCUGAGCUAAUUGAUCAGGCGCGCAGUAAAGACGGCACAAAUGUGAAUAAAACUACCGCAGAUGCAAUUGGACUUGGUAAUUUUGGCACAAAAGCAACUCAAAAUAGUUGUUGUAGCGGUUUUAGCAGCAAUACUAGUCAAACAAAUUGUGAAAAUGGUAACAGUAGAAGCAACACUUAGGUAAAAGUAAUUACCAAGAUUUACAUAUAAAUAUUUGACGAACAUAGCUUUUAGAAAUAUAUAAAAUUAAGGCUUAAAAUGUACAUGGAUGGAUACGUAGUCAUACAAGUAUAUCGGACAGUAGUUUAUUGGUUUUAGGAAACAUAAUUUUAAGUUGAUCCACGAAAAAGGUAUACUCGUACUAUUAUCGUUUAUACUGCCUCUACCCUUAGUUAUUGUAAUUAAUCUAUAAUUUUUAAGUUUAUUAUUUACUGUAUGUUCUCUAUUACAAAACGUUUAUAAACUAUAUUUUAUGUUUUAGACCGAAUCCAUUUAUACAAAGACAAAAGUAUUAUAUUUACUGUUUUUGACCGACUCCCUUAAGUUAUCAACAAGUACUGGAACUUGAAGCUCUACAUAACAUAGAAAAUUGCGUUUGAGCUGUUUUGGUUUCUAAUACAUUACAAUUAAGGUGAACUAACAAAAUGAGCCAAAUGGAAGCGAAUGUAGAAAUAAAAAAAAAUUAAGUAUACAUACUAUGUAUUUAUGUGAUUACAAAACACAUGAAAAUACAUAUUUAUGUUCAAAAAUCUUGAAUUAGGUACCUUUGCAGAGUUAGACAUUUAAUUUAGCGAUACAUUGAGGACAGUGACACAUUGAUGGCAACUUUCAAUUAACACUUUAAGUGUAUUACUUUCAUCCGUCCUGGUAAUACUAUUUUCAGUUAUUGGUUAGAGUAUUUUAGUAUAUAUGGUAUUAUUUUUUGCCAAGAAAUUAUUAGAACUUAAAAACCCUAGGGCAGUAUUUUCAUAAAAAUUUUUUUUAAACAUAUUUUAGUUAUUUUUUUAAUAUAUUUAGCUUCCAAUAGUGUAAGAACUUAUGGAAUCGUUAUGUGAAACAAUUGUUUUCAUAAAAAAAUGCAAUAAUUUUUAAAGAAUUAAUUUGUCUUUAAAUAUAUAUUUUGAUUUAUAAAACAAAGCAUCUUAAUAGUGCCUGUUGACUACGAAAAAUCAAAACUAAAGGUUACUUUUGCUUUCAUUCCGAUUGUGUCGCCUAUCCGAUUUGCUUAAAAAUGUACACAGAAAAAAUAAUUGUUUUAUUGUGACACAAAAUUUCUUUAAACUGGUAAAAAGAUGAUUAUAUUUGUCUCGUUUUGAUGUAAAUUAAAAAAAAAAAGUUGGAUAUAUUUAUUGUAUUUAAUGAACGGAAACAAUAAUAUCAUCGGGACAUACUGAUGCCGUAUCGGCCAGGGUUGAAGAAUGAAAAUAAUAUAUUUUUAAAUAUUUUAAUAUUUUUUGGAAAACAAAAUUUUGAAAAAAAUAAAAAAACACCGUCAAAAAAGACACCUGGGAAAUUGUUCUUUUAACAAAUGAUUAAUAUAAGUAAAUCAAGGUGCGACCUAAUCGGAGGAAUAGCCGAAAUUUUCUUUUUUAAUUAAAAUAAUUUAAACAGCAAUUUAAAACAAUUUAAUAUUUUUGUGUUUAUGAUUAUAUUUUUUUUAUUGAAUACGCAUUGUGUUCACAAGUCUUAAAAUUAUUCAACUCAAAUACCACAUUACAUGAAUGCAGAUCGAAAUAACUUACAGGACUGCAGUAUGGUAUAGGACUGACUACUGCUUCCAAGUUCCUGAAAAUUAUAAGUCCAACUUGUCCAACUUUUUACGAACAGUUAAAACUAUAUUUACUAUGGUGACCAAAGCCGUCUAUUUUAAAAAGGUGCAAAGAAUACUAAAUAAUAUUCGAUCUAAUAAAGAAUUUAUUAAAAUAACAAAUCAUUACACAUUUUAUAUAUUUUAGCCAGUUUCAAAAACCCAUAAAGGAAUGCAAUGUUCAGUGAAUCCUUUCAAAAGUUAUGUUUCUUGCAUAUUGAGAUGUCUCCAAAUAGGUUUAAUAAUUUUAUUUAUAAUUGCCAAGGUGCUAGUAAAUUUUAAGUAUAUACAUAUUUAGUAUUUUCUUAAAUUAUUAUUAUGACACAAAAAAAAAAUUAAAAAAUAAUGACGCGCACAAAAUUAAAAAGAUUAAAUAUAAAUAAUAUUGAUUCUGAAGAAGAUGAAAUGAAAAGUAUGUUUUUGGAUAUUCAUUAAAUUUCACAAAUCUAUGAAUACACUAAAAUUUUAACAAACUUAGGUUAAAAGAUUUACACAAAAAUUUAUCAAUGCAAACCAAAAUGGCAGUAUACGAAUUUUGUAACUACCAUUUGAGUACGAAAAACUUCGGAAUAGCAGAACAUUGAGAGAUGGUAAUUAAUGUUCUUUUUUUGAACUAAAUUGUUUGAUUUUGACGUAUCAAAAGGCAAAAAAAUAUUGUUUAUUAUUUUUUAUUAUGUUAAACUAUCUGUUUUAUUAAAAAUAUAAUAAUAGAAUUACUACAACAUACAUUGCAAUAUCAUCAACAAUUUAUUUUAAGUAAAUUGACGGCAAUCUUUAACAACUAAUCAAACUUGCAAAUUUAUUUUGAAGUAUUAAAAGAACAUUAAAAUUCUGUGGAUAUUUAAAUUCGUUUUAAAUCUAUUUUGCCUUAUAAUAUAAUAUUAUUAGCUAUAUCACCAAUAAAAUUUAAAGCUUCUGUGAAAACCUAAUAAUGUUAAGCAAAAAACAAAAAAAAAAAAGAAUAUGUUACAGCCAAAAAUAUGAGUUAACCAACUAUUUUAAUUUAGUAUAUAAUUUUAGCUUAUAAUAAAUAAUGUUACAAAAA